GGCCAACUUGGGACGCAUUUGCUUACAUUAUCAGGCAACUGUUCUUGGUUAAGACAGUCAUGCUGAGCAAAUCUAUAAAAUCUCUCGGUGCGGGUGCGGAUGUUUUGCUAAACGAUCUUUCUUUUAACCCUGACAUUCGUGUUGUGGAUAUGACGGCAGAGCAGUUCAUCGAAGUUGCAGAGAUUUUCGACGAAUGGCCACAUCGUCCUUCCACUUUACUUUUGACUGAUAUUGACAGUUUUGAAUGA